GUAGCAGACAAAAAUCUUUUGUGAAAUGUCAACAAAGCCUGAGUUUUCGUCUGCUUAACACUCAGUCAAAUUCGAUUUUAUAGAACAAAAUUAACAAAUUAUUCAAAUACUAGCCUAAAGACUUUCUUACUUAAAUAAGUUUUUUGUCAGACAUGCUAUUUAAAAGACUAUGGGCUACUUUACUUGGUAGCACACUCUCAUCGUCACAAAACCUUAUGCAAAUCAAACGGAAUAUAAGAAAUAUCUCCUGGUUCAAGAAAAAUCAAAAUUUCGGAAAUUACCAAGUUAUAAAGAGACCAGGCCAUGUAGUUCUGGAGCCAAGAUGUGUUCCAUCAAAUAUUGUGAAGCCACCAUACAUAAAUGAUGUAAAUGGCACAUUCUCUAGUUCUGCUCAACCAGAGAUCAAAUCCAGCACACAGAUAGAAUGCAUGAGGGCAUCCUGUAACCUUGCAAAAAAUACCCUGAGGUACGCAAAAGAGCUGGUUAAGGUUGGAACUACAACUGAGGAAAUUGACAAAAGUGUGUAUGAGUUUAUUAUCUCUCACGGAGCUUACCCAUCACCUCUACAUUAUAAGGGAUUUCCAAAGUCUGUUUGCACCUCUGUAAACAAUGUUGUGUGUCAUGGUUUACCUGAUGACAGACCUUUAAUUGAUGGAGAUAUUAUAAAUGUGGAUGUCACUGUGUAUCUAAACGGUUUCCACGGCGACGUUUCAGAGACUUUCCUAGUUGGUGAUGUCGAUGAACAAGGAAAGGAAUUAGUGGAUGUCACCAAAAUAUGCCUAGAUGAAGCUGUGGCAAUAUGUCAUCCGGGGAGACCAUAUAAUAAUAUCGGCGCAGUCAUUGACGCUUGUGCCCGAAAACAUGGCUUCCGAGUUGUUCCGGCGUUUACAGGGCACGGAAUCGGCUCCUAUUUUCAUGGAGCUCCAGAUAUAUAUCACUUCAGGAAUCAUUUUCCGGGGCAGAUGGAAGCAGGCCAAACCUUUACGAUCGAACCUGCAAUAGCUCAAGGGAGUCAUCAAUGCAUCAUACUUGAAGACGGAUGGACAGCAAUUACAUCUGAUGGAAGCAGAGCGGCUCAAUUUGAACACACUGUGCUCAUAACGGAAAAUGGCGUUGAAGUGCUCACUUCAUAAUGUGUUCAUACAUUCAUAGCUCUCUUUACUUUUGAAGAAUUUUUUGUUAUAUAUUGACAACAAGGCACUAUUUAUUUAAUUAUUUUCGUAAAGCAAAGCAUUUCGCUCAUAAAAAAGCAUAGAUUUAAUUGAUACAAAAUAUGAGUGAUAAAGAGAGAAAAUAGAAGUGGGAAUUCAUUCCUUCAAUGCGACACUGUUGAGGGGCUGGAGUAAAUCACCUACGCUUGGAUUUGUGUUGUUGCUUGCCUGCUGUAGUUGCAUACGGACUUCAAAUACUUCUUGAAUGGCGUUUCGGAAACAGACGAAGUUGUAGUCGAUCAAUC